AUGGCCCCGACGAUUUCGACGUCGCGUUGGUGGUGUCGUCAUCAUCAGCGAGGACCUUUUACGACAACACAGCGAACGACGAUUUCAAAAGUGUCCUUCCUCCUGUGUGUCCUGUUACUUUUGGCGCAUUUCUUCGCCCGAACGUUCCCGCGGGUCAUCAAAGAGCAACAGCAAAAAUACAUCUUUCAAACCGGGACGAAUAGGCUGGAUUAUUAUCGCGAUGGUUUGAAUACGAAUCAUCAAAAGGAGGAGGUGGGGAUGAUCACGUACGCGAGGCGCGAAGAGAGCGAAGAUGAAGCGCGGUUGGAAGAGAAGAGCUCGCACGAGUCGUCUUUAUCGUUAUCGAGAUUUGGCUCGGAGAAAACGCGGGAGGACGACGACGUCUCGGAAUCCGCAGAUACGUCUGGAUUGGAUUACGCGUCGUUGCCGAGAGUUUUGCUGAAAGGCGACAAGUUGCAGUGUAAAUGCGGGAGUUGGAAGUGCGAGAGUUUCGAUCAACCCAGGGUGAGUUUUGUGAUUUCGAGAGAGAUUGAGGACGUCGGGGAGUUGCUGAACGUUUUGAAUAGCAUCGAUGCGAUGGAUGGAGAUGAAGGGAAAGAUUGCGAGGUGCUGGUGAACGGCGACGGAUUAAAGUCUUCUUCUUCUUCGAAAGAUAACGGAGAGGAUGGAAUCAACGCGUUGAUUGCGAUGAUUCGGAAACAAGGCGGGUUUACGAACAACUUAGCCAGUUAUAGGAACGAACCGUUAGAGAGGAUAGUCAUCGUGAAGAGCGAAAGUGGGAAUAACAAGAAUGACGAUGGCGUCAUGUUGGAGCGGUUAGUUUCUGGAGCGUUGGCGGCGAAAGUGCGAUUUGUGGAGAACGCCGGGAACGUACGCGAAGAAACACCGAUGGAGUUGAAAACGACCGUUUUGAAACGAUUAAGAGCGGUAGAUAGUAGUAGUAGUAGCAGCAGCGGUAGCAGUAGUAGUAGCACGCCGACGAGCAAAGCUGACGUCCACCCGCGCGUCUCGUUCGCGGUGCAGUACUUCAAGAGGCCAAAUUUGGUACAGAAAAUAGCCACGCAAUUGGCCGGGUAUGCGAUUAAAUAUAAUUUCGCGGUUGAAGUUUUAAUCAACGACGAUUCGGCCACGGAAAUCCAGGAGUGGCACGAAGCUUUCAAGCAAAUUCCACACGCGAUAGUUUGCGCUGGGAACGUCCACGAGAUUCGCGGGUACAAUCGAUUGGCACUCAUGUCUCGAGCGCAAAUCGUCGCCGUGAUUCAAGACGACGAUUUACCUCCGACGGAGCCGAACUGGUUAAUCCAAGCCGAGGAUAACUUUUACGAGCACAAAAAGUUGGCGUUGAUUGCCGGUUUAGUCGGCCAGAUUCAAGGCGGGCCAGAUACUGGACGGUGGGGAAAGCAAAGAGGGCGACACGUGAAACAAAUCCCGUAUUACGAUUCCAAAGGCAGACCGUUUAUGUUUGUCUCGUGGGCAAACAUCGGUCCGUUUGUUUUAAAACGAGACGCAUUCUUAUCCUCCGGGAUGUUUCACGACAGUUACUCCUGCCGAGGCGACCCUGGCAUCGGUUUCGAUUACGAAUACGGUAUUCGCUUGUGGAGAAACAACAGAGAAGUCGCUCUGCAAAUCAUGCAGUUUCGAUACCACGUCGGCGCGAGUAGGACGAGCGGAACGAGAAGCUCAACGAACAUGAAAACGAGAAGAGAUAACAUCGAGUCUCGAAACACGAAGUUGAUUCACCACGUGCACAAAGGCUUUUACGUGAACCACGCUCCGGAAGGCGCGAAUAAGAGUCCCAAGGCGAAAGCGAUGUCGGUGAAGCAAACCGAAGAAUAG